UCUUGGUGUUGUCCGGGCAACCGAAAAAGACGCUUCACGGCUAAAGGCGCGUCGUAAACGGCGAAGGGCUAAUUUCAUCUUUUCAUCGUCUAAAUCAUACAUAUGCUGCGCGAAGAACACACGGUCGUAACGGCAGCGCUGAGUAGAAGAGCUCUCAGUUUUGUAGGUCAUGGCUGUGUAUUUUGAUCACCGUGUUGAGGCCCCUGACAGCAGCGGAGCGGCUCUCCUGAUUUCAUGGCACUCCAGUGCGUGUGUGCUGGCCGUGGGCUCUGUGAACGCCUCCACCGGGGGCCGUGUGGAUCUUUACCUGCAACAGGGGGAGCAUGUUGAUCUGUGUCAUGUGGAACGGGGAUUCAGCCCCUCGUUGCUGCAGUGGCACCCGACUAAACCCCUGCUGGCGGUGGGAUGGGAGACGGGCGAGACCUUGCUCCUCUCACACCCCUCCGGUGAACACACGCCCCUGCCCAACAACACACACACCGCCUGCAUCACGGUGCUGGAGUGGAGCAGUAACGGCAGCAGACUGGUCACGGGGGAUCAGGCAGGUGUAAUGGCGGUGUGGAGGCUGGAUGCUCGAGGAAAACUGCAGGGAUCUCCUCUGAUAAAACAUGACUACAGCAAACCACUGACAUCUUGCAUCUUCAGACCUCCACCACCUACUGAGGAUGUGGCGAUGCUGGCUCGAGCUGCCGUCAGCGGCGAUGAAAGUGCUCUGGACAUGUUCAACUGGAAGAAGAGCAAUAAAGGAGUGUUUGCGCUGGGGUCGCAGGAAGGACUGGCGUUCUAUAUCAGCACGGCUGAUGGGUGCGUGUACAGUGUGGAUGAGCAGGCGCAGAGUGUGCCGCUGCUGUCCGUUGAGAAUGCUGUACAGAAGAUGUGGUACUCCAAGAGGAGGGCCGUUCUUGCCGUGGUAACCGACUCACUGCUGCUCUCUCAGUUCAGCCUUGGACCGGAAGGAAUCGCUCAGGAGAUCAGUAAGGUGAAGCUCAGUGGCAGAGGAGGGCAGCACUCGGACAUCGUGUGGACUGAAAACGGUUUGCUCAUCACAGCAUCAGGAGAACAACACAUUAGGUUGUGGGAUGUAGAGCUGGACGAUCAUUAUGCUCUGGCUCUGGAUGAGUCUCUGGGCUUUGAGAAAGGAGAACUGCUCAACUGUGUUUCCUUCUGCACCUCUAAACAUGUCCUUGCAGCAGGUACCAGCAGAGGUCGUGUUGCUCUGUGGCACAUGGUGACAGUGAGUGAUCAGAAAGGAGACACAAAAAUACACUGGAAACUCCAGACACCGGCAGAGGUGCAAGGAAGCGUCUCGCGGCUACAAUGGGGUUCCGGCUCUCAUCUGCUGGCCGUCUGCAGCAGCAGCUGUGUGGUGAUCCUGUCGGAGCACGUGAUGUGUUUUCAUUACAGCCAGCAGAUGGCAGCAGUGCAGCUCGCUCCAACACAGCUCAGCCUGGCCAACUUCAACACCAACACACACAUCACCUUCCACGCGGACACACACAUCAGAGCUGUGCAAGUCACCAAGGAUAUGGUCGUGGUGUGGAACGGGAAAUCUAUCACUGUGUAUGAACCAUCAGGACAAACCCUACACAGCACAGGUUCUUUCCAGUGUGAGUCUCCCGCUCUUGCGGUACAUGAAGAAAACAUUUAUACUGUCGAACCAAACCGCGUCCAGAUCCGCACACCGCAGGGCACUGUGAAGCAGUUGUUGGUGUUUUCUGAAGCGGAAGGAAACCCGACACUGCUGAAUGUGUGUGGAUCUUACCUGGCUGUGGGAACAGAUACGUGUCACAUCAGGGUCUUUGACCUCACACGCAGGGAGGCCAAAGCCAUGGGCGUCACGAAGAACCUCUCUGAGCUCAUUCCCGACCUGGGCGCUCUGAGAUCAGUCAAAUGCAAUGCCAGCGGAAGUCAGUUGAGCCUCCUUAUUACUCAGGUGAACGGGCGGCCGGAUAACAAAGUGUAUUUCUAUGACAUCGAGCUGGACACGCUGUCAUACUUCGACUUCUUCACAGGAAGGCCUGAGAGCAGUCUUGCACAGUCUGAGGACAGUCAAAGAACUGGAUGUGAGGGGGAGUUGGCCGCCCGCUGCCCUGUUUCUCAGUUCUGGGACGAGAGCGAGUCGCGUCUGUUUGUGUGUGAAACUGUUCCCGUGAACUCUGACCUCCACACCAGCAGCCAAUCACAAAUAGAGAAGGAGGACGUGUUGGUGGUAACGUUCUUUGUGACACAGGAACACGGUCUCCUUCUGCAGGACUCACAGCCUAAACCCGCUCCGCUGCUCUCUCUACUGGCUUUAGAUACACCGUAUUACUAUUAUAUCUGCAAGCUCUUAUUUCGAAGGGGAGGCCUCGUUCUCCCUUAUCCGGGUGAGGGCGGAGAUCAGGCGGUCUCGUCCCAGGUGCCUUCGUCCCCUCAAAUGGUGGUACGGCGAGCCCUCAGGGACUUUGUAGGGUUAGAGAGCUGCGAGAAACAGACCCGGGAUGCCAUGCUCAACUUCAGCUUCUACCUCACUAUAGGGGACAUGGACGAAGCAUUUAAAGCCAUCAAACUCAUCAAGAGCGAGGCGGUGUGGGAGAACAUGGCUCGGAUGUGUGUGAAAAGUCGUCGUCUGGACGUGGCGCGCGUGUGUCUGGGGAACAUGGGAAACGCACGGGCCGCUCGUGCGCUCCGCGACGCUGAGAAAGAGCCGGAGGUGGAGGCGCAGGUGGCCGUUCUGGCUACACAGCUGGGCAUGCUGGAGGAUGCCGAGCGUUUGUAUAAGUCAUGCGGGAGGUUUGAUUUAUUGAAUAAGUUUUAUCAGGCGGCGGGUCAAUGGCAGCAGGCGGUGGAGACGGCAGAAACGCACGACCGUAUUCACCUCCGAACCACUUACUACAGCUACGCCAAACACCUGGAGGCCAUGGGAGACAGGAACCUAGCGCUGGUGUAUUUUGAGAAGUCAGACACACAUCGGUUUGAAGUGCCGAGAAUGCUGAUGGAGGACAAUGUUUCACUGGAGAUCUACAUCAAUAAAAUGAAGGACAAGGAUCUGUACAAGUGGUGGGGUCAUUAUCUAGAGAGCCAAUCAGACAUGGAGGCUGCGCUUCAUUACUACGACCUCGCUCAGGACUACCUGUCUCAAGUGCGUGUGCACUGUUAUCUAGGAAACAUUCAAAAGGCGAGUGAGAUAGCCAACGAGACGGGCAACAGAGCCGCAUCUUAUCAUGUGGCACGGCAGUACGAGGGACAGGAUGAAAUCAGCCAAUCGGUGCACUUCUACACACGCGCGCAAGCCUAUAAUAACGCCAUCCGGCUGUGUAAAGAGAAUAACUUGGACGAGCAGCUCAUGAAUCUGGCACUGCUUAGCAAUCCAGAGGACAUGAUGGACACGGCCAUGUAUUAUGAAGAGAAAGGGACGCACAUGGACCGAGCUGUAAUGCUUUAUCACAAGGCAGGUCAUGUGUCUAAGGCUUUAGAGCUAGCUUUUGCCACGGAGCAGUUUGGAGCUCUGCAGCUGAUCGCAGAGGACCUGAAUGAAAGCAGUGACCCUGCCCUGUUAGCACGCUGCUCUGAUUUCUUCAUAAAGCACACUCAGUACCAGAAAGCUGUGGAAUUGCUGGUGGCUGCCAAAAAGUACCAUGAGGCGCUCCAGUUGUGUUUGGACCACAGUUUGACCAUUACAGAAGAUCUGGCCGAAAGUCUGACGGUGCCAAAAGACUCGUCCCAUCUGUCCGAGGCCGGGAGAAAGGAGCUUCUGGAGAAGAUCGCAGACUGCUGCAUGCGGCAGGGCAACUAUCACUUAGCCACUAAGAAAUACACACAAGCUGGAAACAAGAUCAAGGCGAUGCGGGCUCUGUUGAAAUCCGGCGAUACCGAGAAAAUAGUGUUUUUCGCAGGUGUUUCCAGACAGAAGGAGAUUUACGUGAUGGCAGCCAACUACCUGCAGUCACUGGACUGGAGGAACGACCCGGAGAUCAUGAAGAACAUCAUCGGCUUCUACACAAAAGGACGCGCGCUCGAUCUGCUCGCUGGCUUCUACGAGGCCUGCGCUGAGGUGGAAAUUGACGACUAUCAGAACUACGAGAAGGCGUAUGGCGCUCUGACCGAGGCGUGCAAGUGUCUGUCCAAAGCAAAGGGUCGCAGCGGAGACGAGGCUGACGGCAAACACCUCAUACUGACGCACAGACUCGGCCUCCUCAAGAGAUUCAUUCAGGCACGAAGGAUGCAUGAGGAGGAUCCCGUGGAAGCUGUGCGUGUGUGCGAGUCUCUGCUGGAAGAGAAGGAUCUGGACCCCGCGGUGCGUGUUGGAGAUGUGUAUGGGUUCCUGGUGGAGCACUACUGCCAUCAUGGCAACUUUCAGCAGGCCUGGAGUAAAAUAGAGGAAUUGAGAUCAACGCGUCCCAACAUAAACUUGAGCUUGUAUGUGAGUCAGCCCAGUCUGGAGGCUCUACAGAACUCUGCUGGAGUCCGUCUGGUCUACAGAGAGACGAACGCUCACGCCGCCGAGGAUGACGAAGAGGUGGAGGAAGACGAGAACAUCAAUCACUCACUGGCUUAGGAGACGGUCCUCAAGAGACCUGGAGAAAAUGGCAUACACUUUUCAAAUGCGCACAACUAGCCUAAAAAGCCUGCCUGACCGAGUCUCGGUUUGCUCACCCCAUUUUUCUAAAAAAUGUGCCAUAUUUCUAUGGGACUGCCAGUCUAGUAAAUGGGAUGUAUUUGAUAGUUGUGUGAUUUUGUUAAAGCCACUUUGCAGGUUGCCUUAAGUAGAACAGCUUGUGUGCAAAUGCCCAGAAUGCACUUACGCACGUGAUGCGUGUGGCCUUUCGAACAAGAACGCCGUGGGACCAUUAUAUUUAAGUCAUUUUGUACGAUUUACUAAUUAUUUAAUGACCGGACUUGUUCUGCUGUCUUUGUAUCAUAUAUCUUGUAUACAUUUUAAUAAAUUUUUCUAUAU